CCUCCUCGCCUCCGUUUUCCCGUGGAGCAAGCUCGACUCGCUGAUGCAGAACGUGGUCUCGAGACUUCUCUGUCGCUUCGCCUUCGCCUCCUCAUCGCCGCCUUCGACCACCGCUAGUUCUCUCGUUCUCCGCCUCGCCCUCUCUCUUACUAGAGCCCAUACAGUUUCAGCACCUUUGACUGAUGAGGAUAAAGAAACAACAGCAUCUCCCAGUGAAAGCCUAGAUGUAUCUUACGGUUUAAAUGGGGCCCUCGCUGCGAGAGGUGUGAUUGUGAAGGAAAAAGUCUUUCACAACUUGAAAAAGACUGAGCUUCUAAAGCAUGGUGCAACUUCAAUAGACAAUUUAUCAGGCAUUCCACUUUAUGUGAGAGGAGACACUCUUGGUGAAGCUCCCGAAAUUUCUAAGGCUCAAUUCAGUAAACUUUUGAAACAGGUUACUUGUCACAUUUCUUCAGUCUCAAAAAUCUUUGUUGUAGAUGGAGCGAUUGGUUCACCUUCUAAUUGUGAUGCAAAAGUCCGCAUCAUCAGUGAUAAUCCCUCUGCAAUGUUGUCAUUAUCUAAAAUUCUGUGGGAAAUACCUAGCCGUGCAAUUUCACAUGACUCUUGCCCAUUGACAGUUUACGUUGCUAGCUCCAUGAGUUCAAGUGCUAGGGACAUUCUUGGGUUUGGUUCACAAGCAUCUAAUGGAUUUGCUGCUGCAGAUGUAGAGCGUUCAUCAGUUAUCCUUUGUGGUAGAGCAUAUGCUAAUACUAAUACAACAAAAGAUGCUCUAGUUGCUCUGGCUGCUCCUAUAAUAUCUGCAAGAGGGGGUCUGCCUCUUUCUGCUAGACUUCUAUUAUCCGGUGAUUCUGCGAUUCAGCUGCUUGCUCCAGAGGAUACCUUCCUGCGAUGCUCAGAGCUCCAUAAGGUUGCAAUAUCCAGUGAUGCUGGUGUGAUCCUAUCUUUUCAUGGGGCAGCACCAUUUUUCCAGACCACACAUUCCCCAGCAUCUCAUGUGAUAAAGAAGCCAACUUCAUUGGUCAUCGUCAUGGCUGACAGCACUGGUGUUGUCCCGGCAGUAUCAAACUUGUCAUCAGGUCAAGCUGCUUAUCACUUCUUGGCUGGGUAUCAAGAUGGGAAGUUUGUGCCUGCAUUCCUCAAGCCCCCCUCGCCUAUUGAACCACUUGAGCUUGCCAAGGCACUUUUCUUGCAGCUGGAAGAAAGCGAAAUCCCUUCCUACUUGAUCAAUGCCAAUGAUGGUGGAAGGCAUAUCACUGGCAAAAGACUACUGGAGCUGGUGAAGUCGACUUUGUGCAACAAAUUACCUGAAAGCAAAACGAAUGUUGCAGAUUCUAAGGUUCGAGAUCUCAAAAGGAAAUACAAAAGCUUUUUAUCUGGAAAAUUCAUCGACUUACCUGAAGAAUUCUACUUCUAGAAGUUACAGAAAUACAAAUCAGCUCAUGUUGGAUCCUUCAAUAAACAAACCUCUCCUAAUAGAACGCGGACUAAGGCUCUGAGACAUCGUUCUUGAUUUUUGCUGAGAUCCAUCAUCAUGCACGCCAUGAACCUUUGUCCUCUUGCUGCCACUGGAAUCUCCCAGGUUCAGAGACCGCUUUCUGAAUGAUCCAUGCUGAGAAGUAAGACAAGCCAAGAUGCCUGACCUCCGAGAUUUAGGCAUGCCUCUUACUAAUCUGUUAAAUGCCUUGUUCGCCUGAGUAUCAUCGUUUGUAGACUCCAGAACAGGAUCACAAGAAUGGAAAUUGUAAGCGAGCAAAAGGAGUGUAUAAAUGCACAAAUCAAUAUGGUUGAGCAAACACACCCUUGAUUUCAUCUUCAAACAAAACAUCCAGAUCCUGGACAGCUUGCUCUGCAGGAGAUUCUCUUGAACUGCUGCAACUACCUUCACUGUUUGUAGGAGACGAAUGGUACCUUUCAAGAUGAUCAAGUACAGAUAUUGGAGAAGUGUCACUGGUGUCAUCGAUAUGUUUCCUCUCUCUUUCCAAGAAGCUUGAGAACCAACAUGAUGUUCCUUGCUUAACAUAAAAGAGCACGUAGGCUUCUUGUUCUAAUACAUACUCCUCAGCAACUCUAGUCACCUACAAACAACAGCAAUGUUAGAACCAUUAUCAUGCCUGUUGUAAAAGGUCGACAUAAUAAAAGUCACCUUGCGGUCA